AUGGACCAGUCUAAGCAGGUUUUGCGGGACUAUUGCGGCGAUGGCAAUGGCACCUGCGCCUCGUCCUUGAGGGAGAUCUCCUUGAUUGAAACGGUGACCAGUUUUCUGGAGGAGAAUGGCGCCUCGGAAAUUGACAGAAGGGUGCUGCGCAAACUGGCGGAGGCCCUGUCCAAAAGUAUAGACGACACAAGUCCGGGAGCUCUGCAAGAUGUCACCAUGGAAAACUCGUAUGCCAGUUUCGAUGCGGCGCGACCGCAGGGCGGCAACCACUCGCCCAUGGUGAUGCAAGGGCGCUCUGUGCGCGAGCUGGAGGAGCAGAUGUCCACGCUGCGUAAGGAGAACUUCAAUCUGAAACUCCGCAUCUACUUCAUGGAGGAGGGUCAACCGGGAGCGCGUGCACAUAAUUCCCCCGACUCUUUAAGCAAACAGCUCAUCGAUGCGAAGAUAGAAAUCGAGAUGCUGAGGAAAACCGUCGAUGAGAAGAUGGAGCUGCUAAAGGAUGCCGCCAGAGCCAUCUCUCACCACGAGGACAUGCAGCGCAAAGCGGACUUUGACAGCCAGACCAUAAUCGAUGAGUUGCAGGAUCAGAUUCGCGCGUACCAGAUGGCGGAGUCUGGCCAACCUGGCGCAAACACUGCAGUAUUUGACUCCAAUAAGCUACACCGCCUGGAGUCGGAGGUACAAAAAUUGGAGCACGAACUCCAGGAGGUCGACGUGCGCAACACGGCGGCCAGGAACGAGAUGGAAUUCGCGAUGGCCGAGCGUCUAGAGACUAUUACGGCCUGUGAGGCCAAGAUUCAAGAACUGGCCAUUAAGAAUGCCGAGCUAGUGGAGCGCCUCGAAAAGGACACCGAAUCCGCUGAAACGUCAAACACCAAGCGAGAACUGGGUGCCCAACUGGCGGACAAGAUGUGUGAGCUGCAGGACGCCCAAGAAAAGCUCAAGGAACGCGAGCGGAUCCACGAGCAAGCCUGUCGCACCAUCCAGAAGCUGAUGCAGAAGCUGAGCAGCCAGGAGAAGGAAAUUAAGACGCUCAAUCAGGAGAAGGAGCAGUCAGUCAACAAGGAGAACGACAGCGUCAAGGCGACUAUUUCGCCAUCCACCACGGGCCGCUCGAUGAGUGACAACGAGGCCAGCUCCAUGGAAAUGUCCACCAAUCUCAGGGUGCGUUACGAACUUAAGAUCGCCGAACAGGAGGAGAAGAUCAAGCAGCUGCAGGUGGAAGUCAAGAAGAAGACGGCCAAUCUGCAGAACCUGGUGAACAAGGAGCUCUGGGAGAAGAAUCGGGAGGUGGAGCGCCUCACCAAGCUGGUGGCAAAUCAACCGAAGACGCUGCCGCAAAUUGGCGAGGAGUCUGCCGGCGAAGCAGAUCUUCAGCAAUCCUUCACGGAGGCGGAGUACAUAAGGGCACUGGAGCGGAAUAAGCUGCUGCAGCGCAAGGUGGACGUGCUCUUCCAGCGCCUUGCAGACGAUCAGCAAAAUUCAGCUGUGAUUGGGCAGCUCCGUUUGGAACUCCAGCAAGCUCGCACGGAAGUGGAGACAUCAGACAAGUGGCGCCAGGAGUGCGUCGACGUUUGCAGUGUACUGACCAAUCGAUUGGAAGAGCUGGCCGGUUUCCUCAACUCUCUGCUGAAGCACAAGGAUGUACUUGGCGUGUUGGCUGCCGAUCGACGACAUGCCAUGCGAAAGGCUGUGGAUCGCAGCUUGGAUCUCUCCAAGAGUCUCAACAUGACUCUGAACAUAACUGGUGCAUCAUUGGCCGAUCAGAGCCUCGCGCAGCUGUGCAAUCUCUCCGAGAUCUUGUACACAGAAGGCGAUGUUAGCCACAAAACUUUCAAUUCCCACGAGGAGAUCCACGCCGCCAGUUCUAUGACUCCCUCGGUAGAGAACUUGAAGGCGGAAAACAAGGCUCUUAAACGGGAGUUGGAGAAGCGACGCAGCUCUGAAGGACAGCAGCAGAGAAAGGAGCGUCGCUCCCUGCCAUUACCCUCCCAGCAGUUCGAUAACCAAAGCGAAUCGGAGGCCUGGUCAGAGCCAGACCGCAAGGUUUCCUUGGCACGCAUUGGCCUGGAUGAAACAUCCAACAGUUUGGCGGCGCCGGAGCAACCGGUCAGCGAGUCGGAGAGCGAGGGAAGAGCCUGCGCCACACGUCAGGAUCGCAAUCGCAACAGCGAUCGCAUUGCCCAGCUGGAGGAGCAGAUUGCUCAGAAGGACGAACGCGUCCUGAACGUGCAGUGCCAGUUGGUGGAGCUGGACAACAGAUACAAGCAGGAGCAACUGCGCUGUCUGGAUAUCAGCCAACAACUGGAGCAGCUGCGAGUCAUCAACGAGGCUCUGACUGCAGACCUGCAGGCUAUAGGCUCACACGAGGAUCAGCGAUUGGUGGAGCUACAACGCCAGCUGGAGCUUAAGUCCCAGCAGAUUGAUCAACUAAAGCUGGCCCAGAGCACUUUGACUGCGGAUUCCCAGAUCACCGAGAUGGAGUUGCAGGCUUUGCAGCAGCAGAUGCAGGAAAUGGAGCAGCAACAUGCCGAUUCAGUGAGCAACCUGCAAUCCCAAUUGGAUCAACACAAACUGGAGGCCAUGCAGCAGGUGAAAGAGCUUGAGCGUCUGCACGAGGAGGCUCUUGAGCGCGAUUGGGUGCCACUGACGACUUACCAGGAGCAAGCUCAACAGCUGUUGGAGCUGCAGCGAUCCUUGGACUAUCACCAGGAGAACGAGAAGGAGCUGAAGCAGACUCUAGUCGAAAACGAGCUGGCUACACGGGCCUUGAAGAAGCAACUGGACGAGAGCACCUUGCAGGCCUCGAAGGCUGUGAUGGAGCGCACAAAGGCGUACAACGACAAGUUGCAACUGGAGAAGCGCUCCGAGGAACUAAAGCUGCAAUUGGAGGCACUCAAGGAAGAGCAGAAGAAGCUGCUCCAGAAGCGCUCCAACAGCAGCGAUGUCUCUCAGUCCGGUUACACUUCCGAGGAGGUGGCAGUGCCCAUGGGGCCACCCACGGGUCAGGCUACAUCUUCCAAGCUGGCUGCUGCUGCAGUGGUGGCCCAGAGGGUCAACACUUCGUCCCCCGAUUUGGGUAUAGAAAGCGAUGCCGGAAGGAUUUCCAGCGUGGAGCUAUCCAAUGCCCAACGAGCUAUGCUUAAGACUGUAGAGAUGAAACACGAGGGUGCCACCAUCCAAACGACAAAGCCAGAGGCAACCACAUCACCCGACAGCAAAACCAACAUGGCAACUGCUGCAGCCACAGUUCACGACUGUGCCAAGGUAGAUCUUGAAAACGCCGAGUUGCGGCGCAAACUAAUUCGCACCAAGCGCGCAUUCGAAGACACCUAUGAAAAGUUGCGUAUGGCUAACAAAGCAAAAGCACAAGUCGAGAAAGACAUCAAAAAUCAAAUACUAAAAACGCACAACGUUCUGCGAAACGUUCGCUCAAACAUGGAGAAUGAGUUAUAACGAUCGCGCCGACGACCAGAAUAUCAGCAUUAACCCGAGAGGCCAUAUACCCAACGUUCAUUUGCCAUUUUCAAAUCUUGCCAUUUUAAUUUGUGUCUGCAUUGUAUUUUGUUGUCUUGUUGCUAACUUGAUUUUGAUUUAUUUAUUAUUCUUGUGUUUAAAGAGAACUAAAACAUCGAACUUAUUAAUACGAAGUACCCAUGCAUUUUCUAAAGACUGUUGAGGGAAUCGAACCCAUUGAAUGAAAUAUCACACACCUGUUUUUAGCACAACACAAAGUUAACAGAAUAUCUAAGUGCUGAUAAAAUGUAUCUAACCCGGCGCACUCAUUCAUAUUGAAUGACUCAUGUAUAUUAGAAUGUAUAUAUCCUCCUAGUACCUAAACAUUUACGAGAUGUGUCGAAUAACCCUACUUUUUUUAUCACUUGCGUGUAGUUACUGCUUUAUUAAUGUAUCUCCUACUGCAUAAUUGCUCUUAAUCCCUGAUUUCAGUUAAUCAUCGAAACGGAUAUUGAAAUAAUUGUUUGAGUUAUACGCCAAAACGGCUUAACCACGUUGCCAUCCAAUAACUCUGUUUCGAAGCAUCCCUUUGUACAAUGUGUAAAAAGUAGGGGCGGUGUCCUGGAGAACAAGACCUAGUAUUUAAGUGAUUUGUACCCUGUCCAUUAAUGAAAUAAACAAUUGCGUUAGAAUUACA